AUGAUUCAAUCGAUCGAUUUUCACAUUUCGGUACCAAUUAUCGAACAAGAACUUCCUCUCAGUGAUUCCAUUCUUCUUUGCUUGCCAAAUACUAUGCGCAAAAUUAAACUUGAAAAAUGUCAAAAUAUUACCGCUGAAGGUAUUUGUGAUUAUGUUGAGAGGUACUUCAAUAGUAAUGAGUAUAUUGUUAAACCUCACCAUCGUUCAACGGAAAUGGUUUUCCGGCAAUGCAAACAGCUAACAACUGCAGCAUUUGAAAAAGUUGCGCAACUUCGACAUAUUUAUAUCGAAGGACAGGAUCCGGAUGAUGAAUAUAUCAUGAAUUGGGUCAAACGAAGACAAUACCAUUUACGGCACACCAAUCACAAAAAACUAAUAGCUAUUGAAAUUGAUAGUCAUCAACUUAUCACACGAAGUGGACUUUCAUCAUCGGCAAUAAACGAAGAAUUAACACGGAAUUCGAUGCAUUCUGUACCAUUUAUUAACAUUUGUCACUUACAUUCAUCUACUGCUGAACGAAUUUUAACACCAGCCAUAAAUUCUGCUCGAAUGACCAGAAAAUGGAACCAUGAACAGGAUUGUAUUAUGGUAAGAACGAAUAAACGAUAUCCAAAAGCAUUAAAAGAUUCAUCCAUUUUCUUACAACCAAUUAUUAAAACAGCUAGCAUUAUUCGUAGGGUAAGUUAUAAAAACCACAUUCCUAAUCGUUUUUCAUUUCCACAAUGA